UCCCUUUUUCACCUUAUCCAUCUGGGCGCCUCCAUUCAUCUUCCACUCCACUCACCAGACACUCCAGUCCUUCCUGGGGCUGCAUGUCUCUUUUCCUCACUCACUGGCAGUCCAGUCUUCAGCCUGCCAUCAUUUGUGACGGCUCGUCGAACGUGGAUCUAGUGGUCUUCAGCAUCAGACUACGUCCCUUGGUUACGAUGCCAGAUGUGUCCACAUGUGUCGACAGCGAGUGUUGGGCAACAAGGGGCAUCGAGGGGCAUCGAGGGGCAGGCAGGGACAUGGAUCGAGGUCGCCGGCUUCCCUCGUCGUUUCGUUCCCAAUCGCCAACCAACCCCGCCAUCCAAGAGCUGGGAUGCUACACUACUAUUAGCGCACCAUGGACACCACCCAUCAUUCAUACAUCCAAGAAUAUUCACGCCCUUGUGCCUUUAUUUGAACGAUUUGCACCUCGGUUUCAAGGCCGUCACCCAAUGAGAGGCAGCAGGGGCAGCUCAAAGAGUUCUUCUCAAAUACCCUCAUGGCUGGUUCUUUCCUGGUCCCUCCUCCCAAAUUGUCACAACUCGGAGGUCUUCCCACCAUUACACGACAUCCAGACCGUGAUCUCAGGUUCCAAGUUCCAAGGCCUGCCCUUGCUCUUGACCGGCACUCGGGUUGUUUUCAGCGUCCUCGUCCUACGCAGAAAUCGGAUUCUUCUCAUCCGUUCAUCAAGUCUUUUCUUCGACGAAUUGCGAGAAAGCUUGGAUCCGUUAAAGUCUGGGACAAGUCUCAAGAAACACCGACGUCGUUGGUCAUUAGGCUGCUUCUGAAUACCAUGAGCAGUGGCGAGUAGGUAUCCACCGUUCCCACCCCACGCGGGACAACUUAAGCCUUUGAUCAAGGUCCCCAAGGUCCCUUA